AUGCUGGUCAUUUCAUCUCAAGACUGUUAUCGUGGUGCAUGCAACAACUCUGAAUCUACGACCACCUUCCAAGGGCUUUUGGAAUACUUUCACUAUGGAAAUCAAGGAACAAACGACCAAGUCUGAGCCGGUAAUUCAUGACAAAUUUUUUAGGGAUGGGGUUGUGGUUACCGGACUCUUCAAACACUUCUCUCGUGGUUUCUCUUAAACACAUCGGUCCGCUUUGAGAUGCCCAACCUCCUGGACAUUCAGGAAAUACUAGUAAAUAUCGGAGAUAAGCCGCCGGCGUUUUACCGCUCCAGGGAAUGGAUAGGAUCGGUCGAAGCCAGCAUGGUUAUUUCAACUCUUACGAAGGUACAUGGAAAUGCAUGGAGUCUAAAUACUCAAGGUAGAUUGCAGGAUUGUGAACGUCCCACAGGGGAAGUUUGGCACCAGCCACAUCCAGCAAAUAAAAUCCCACUUGCUAUCUCACGGCUCACCAAUAAUGCUGGGUAACGGCACUCCUCCCAUCACCGUGACUGCUUUUAGGUGGAAGUGCUGACUGCUCAUCGAAGUGCAUCCUUGCCGUAAAGGACGAGGCCCAGAGUGCUGCGGCCCUCCUAAUCCUCGUGAGUGUCCAUCUUACCUAUUGCCAACUUUUAGAGAACGGCUGACCACCGCUUGGCACAAGCAAUACCACUAAUAGUAGUUGUUCUGCAUACACGAUCAAUUUAAAGUGCCACCUUUCAACUCGUUAACCGCUUUAAAAAUGCGACGAUCUCUUGGCUUAAAGACAACCACCACGAGAAUAAGUUUCCCCGUACUCCUCAUCUUCGAGGAAACCUGCCUUAAACACAACACCGCCUUCGGACAUCAGUAAUUCUCUGAGCGCUGUUGGUUGGAGAACAGAAAGUUAGUAAACAGCAGUAGUUUAGGCCGAAAUGGGUUUCGAACACCAAAGUUUUUACGUCGUCCGGUCAGAGCAGGACGCUACGCAACGUGCAGCCUGACCUCUGGAAACAUUUCUAGCCGCGGCACACGACGGAAGAAAACUCUUAUCCCACCGCAUUCAGCGGUUACACCGUUGGCUGUUCUAAAGCCUUCCCCUUGCCGCGUGGGUUCGAAUCCCACCGAGGCGACGAGUUUUUCACAGUUGGGUCAAUAUGAAUUAUUCGAAAUCUGCCAAAAUAUAUAUGCAGACGUAAUUGGCUAUAAAAUGAGUACACGAAAAGAUAUUGUGGUGAUGCUUUCUACUACACAUUCUUAGAUUUAUCAUGACGCCGGAAAUGAGAGAGGAAAUGUCAUACCACUUAAGUACAACUUUUGCACAUUUCGAAGCCGGCAUCCUGACAUGACUGAAAUAUUUCCGGAUCAUGCUGCCCAGUAAGCAAUAUUGCAACGCCAAGUAAAUCUUUCUAGCCGGAGUUCCAGUUAGUAUCCCGUGAGUUACGCUGUCUGUUUUAGUCGUCUACCGAUCCCAAACGCUUUGAUCCAACGUGGACCGGUUACUCGGAGUCUGUUGAAGACGAAGUAGCGAGCAGUCCACUACUUGCAAUAACUCAGUCAGAAACCACACAACCUUGAGAACAAACACCUGGAUGACGUAAUGACUAUUAAUCCCGGCAGAUCUUCGAAUGCGGUUUGACUGGCAUGCUUUUCGUCAUAGCAAUAUGCAAAGUCGUGAGAAAUUCGCCUAGACGAUGGAGAUUCGGAGUGAUACAGUUCACCAGAACUUAUGUUUGACCCCCCCCCUUGUGAAAACUAUCUCAAUUUGUGGAAGAUGUUGAUGCAGUCUACGGCCCACUCGAAGCGACGGAAUAGGUAACAGCGGCAAAGUACUUAAGGACCAAGACGAGAACCAAUUAUUUAUCUUGCUGGCGAGCCAAACGACUGCUUCCGCUCAGGAAUGCAAGCGCUGUGCUGUAUGCUGUCUUGACACUCCAUUCGAAUACCUGGAAAAUGUCCCAAACAUGCAACUUUUAAGAAAUCAGAGGCAAGUAGGCGCACAGCUGCGGAAAUAGGUGACGGGAGUGAACACCUUUGUUCGUCAAGUGACUUUGCCUCCCUGGAUGGCUGGUAGAGGCAGCCGCAACCACGGACACACAGCCCGGCGGGACAUCUGGAAUUUUUCACAGAAUACAGUUUGCCCGACACUGCUCUAGAGUUACGUAAACCAGAAAGUGCACUAGUCUCGAUAGCCAUCAAAACGACAUUGUAGUCUUCACCUCAAAAUAUUGUCACUUAACACUUUUGAUUAUCCCACCCCACAGGAUCCCCAUUUCUACUCCAAGAGGACCGCCCCCGAUGUAGAGUCGCUGUGGCGAGACGGAUGGCUUCGGUGGUACAACACGGAAAGUUUACAUGAAACACAUUUUUACAACAUGUGCAUGCCACUGGCACACACGGACAUAAAACGCAUAUGA